AUGCUAGAAGUAUAAUUAAAGCGGCCCUAGUCGAAAAAGCUAAAGGAAUCCUGCACGAGAUGGAUUCAAAGAAUAUGGUGCCGGACGUUGUAGCCUUGACUCGAUUUCUCUCAGUGCUAGAUGACUGGGAUGAAGUGGAAAAGUAUAUGGAACGAUAUCUAAAGAACGAUUCGUGUACGAACACUAUCUCAAAUCCACCAACAACUUCUCGCACACGCACUACGCCAGGCACAUCAAAGGUAUUUGUAUCUUUUGACAGAAAAAUCGGGGCUGAUCCUGAUGUCCAAGUCCAUCCCGACGCUGCGCUGUUCGUGCCGCUCUUUUCGAAGUGUCCCGAUCCUGAACAGCUUCUUGCUCGAAUGCAUCGAGAGUUUAACGUUGCUCCAUCUGCCGCGUGCGUGAAUGCGAUGCUCUCGGCGCUGGUACUGAGAAAAGGAGAACAUAGCCGCGCCCUAGAGUUGUGGAUGCGAUUGCCAGCAAAACGAGCGCACAAUCGCAGUGGGAGGCACAUCGCUUUGCAGGCUUGUUGGAAGUCGCUUUCCUCUUGCGACUACCUAGAAGUAAGACAUCAGCUGACGACGCAGCAAGAUGAACAUGAUGAAAAUGAAGAAGUACAAGAUAAAGAUCAACAUGACGAGUCCUCAAGAACUACAAAUCAGCCAAAUAAAAAAGUAUACUUGGAACCAGACCUACCCGAUGACAACUACAUUGUUGGAGGACCUGCGACGCCCUUUUCCUACCCUGUUGGAAGCUCUAAAAAGACUGUGCAAAGGGUCAUUGAGAGCACAUUUGAUGAGAGCUUGAAAGCACCUUUUUUGGCACGCCGUGUAAACAAAUGUCUCAAGGAGGAGAGCGUCAUAGACCACGAAGACGAACAAUACCCGACUACUUCCAGGCAGGCCACGACAGGAUCCCCCGCAACUUGUGCCACCUCUAGAAGGACACGGGCAACCGCUAGCUCCAUCGUGGAAAAACAUGCGAAAAAACAGGGCGACCUUGUGAAGCUCGCUUUGCGCACAAUUUUUGAGCCAGAAGCAGCUAAGAUUUUUCAGACUUUCGAUGUUAUGCUCGAUAUUCUCCUUUUCGCGUGUGGCCGAUUUCGCCUUUUUCUGAAGCCAACACCUACACCGCAAGUCUGCGCGUAUCGUGCCUGGUCGGAUGCUUUCCUCGCUUUUCAUGCAGGAGACUCGAGUGCCACGAUCAAUAUUACGGAGUCGUCUAUCUCAUCAGUGUCACUCGUUGAUGAAGCAAGCACACGAGAUAAAAAAGAACCGUCCUUGAAGAACUCGGUAGAGGUCCAGAGUAGAAGACGAGACACCACGAAGGUCAAGGACCCUGAGGCUGAGCAGCGUUUUGCACUGGAUCUGUGUGUCGUAUACGAGCAAGCUGUCGCGGCCCAUAUCUUGCCCAAUUUCAAACCAGAUUCGAGGAUUGGUCUCCUCUCGAACGGGCGUCAACCACUCGUACUUGACUUGCAUGGCUUCUCCCGCCAGCUAGCUGUUUUCGCAGUGUGGCACGCGCUCCGAAAACACAAACUUAUAAUAUCUGGGGAUAAAGUUGAAGUAGAGUGUGAUGGGGGUGAAAUCAGUAGAACAGCGGAUCGCGUUCUCUGUUUUAUCGCGGGACGCGGCAAGCACAGCAUUGACGGGGAGGCGAGGAUCCAUCCUGCAGUUUUGAGUCUUUUCAAGGAGUUUACGGAUCAAGUACAGUGGGAUUCACCACUACCAGGAUGGCUUCGAGUGUGGGCACGGAAAAGACACUGAAAUAAUUCGGCCGUCCUGCUUUUAGUGAAACUGAAUAUUUCUUGACGAUGGUGGGUCCGAGUAUAAUUCCGUGGUAAACGUAUCUAUAAGAAAAUUUGCGCAAGAAGAUAGAAGUGGUGCGGACAUGUACGCUUAACGCUACAAAGAUUUUACUGAGCCAUGAAAGACUAGGUGCAGGGAGACAGCCGGUGACGAG